AUGUGUUUGUUGCUGCUGCAGGUCGUACGCAGAUUCAGCGUCAGAAAGUAUGGCCAUGAAGAUGCCCAGAGAAGGGCAGAGGAGUUUUGUCUGCAGCAGCAGCAGCAGCAACAGCAGCAGCAGUUGCUGCAGCUGACUGCACACUCGGAGGCAGCAGCAGCAGCAGCUGCUGCUGCUGCUGCAGCAAAUGCAAAUACUGCAUUUACGGAUUAUGACCCGAAGCUGCUGCUCCUGCCAGACGUAGGAGUGCAGCAGCAGAUGCUGCUGCAACUGAAGCGGGAGGCGGAGAUGCAGCAGCAGCAGCAGCAGCAGCUUCUCGAUCAGGCAGCAGCAGCAGCGCCGGGAUCGGCUGCAGCUGCCUCCGGGCUACAGACUCAGCCGCUGCUCCUGGGUGCGCAGCAGCUGCUGGAGAGCAACAGCAGCAGCAGCAGCAGCGGGGAACCAGCAGCAGAAGACCCCAACAACAGCGAGGCGUUGCUGCGGCAGCAACAGAGGCUGCUGCUGCAGCAUGAGUUGCUGCUGGCUUCUUGCGCGAGGCAGCAGCAGCAGCAGCAGACGGAGAAAGACGUAAGGGACACAGCUACAGCAGCAGGAGCAGCUGCUGCUGCUGCUGUGCAGCAAGAUCAGCUGCAGUGCUUCCCUCUGCCGCUGCAGGAGUCAGGCUUGCUGCUGCAGCAGCAGGCAGCGAGCGGCCGGGCGCUGCAGCUGCUGUCUCUAAAGGAGGGCCCACAGCAGCAGCAGCAGCAGCAGCAGCUAACGGAGCAGUUGCAGCAGCAACUACUGCAGCAGCAAUUGCUGCAGCAGCAACUGUUGCAGCAGCAACUGCUGCUGCUGCAGCAGGCUGACUGUCAGCAGACCCUCAGGCCUGAAAGUGAACCACCAGCAGCACAGCAGCAGCAGCAACAGCAGCAAGAGCCGCUGCAGCAGGAGCUGCAGCAGCCGCUUCAUGAGGAGCAGCAGCAAGAACAACAGCAGCAGCAACAGCAGCAGCAGGAAGAAGGGUCGCAGCCCAGUGGUGUAGGAGAAACAGAGCUGCCUGCUGCUGCUGCUCUAGACGCAGCACCUGCUGCUGCUGCUCUAGACGCAGCACCUGCUGCUGCAGCUCUAGACGCAGCACCUGCUGCUGCUGCUGCUGCUCCAGAUGCAGCAGCAGAUGCCCCUAGAGAUGUUUGA